AUGACACCAAACUCCGGCCAGGACUUCAUCUUCGGCGACUCCACUCCACGCGGCGAGACAGCCGGCCACUCCAUUUCAGGUUCGAGGAACCUAUACUUCCGGCAACGGUUUGGGUGCAAGGAGACGAAGGGGAAGAGGGUGUGGCCUCGAUUUCCCUGUUUAAAAAGGCCUAAGGACAAAAAGGUUCCAUAUAGCUCCUUUCCGGACGAACCAAUGCAAAACAAACCACCAUUGGCAAACCGUGAAGAAGAAAGGAAGAAAGGGCAACCAAAUCAAGAUGAUGUCAAUUACACCAUUGUGAUCGAUUUUAGAAGGUUACCCGAGAAAUAUGUGAUUACUUCUUCUGGAAAGACGACGAGCUGGAAAUAUCACAACCCGGGAAGGCGGUUCUGGAACUGUAGCAACAGUUUGGUCCCACUGUAG